AUGGGAGUAGUAGUAUGCAUCACACUGGUAGACUCCUCAGUAAAGCUCGCAGAACGCUUUUCUCCUAGUGGAGUGAUGUUCUUACUGGCUUUAGGAGUAGGUGAAUGUUUAGGCCCUGUCCGAGACUCUGCCGCUUCCGAGGAAAGGGACUUCGGAGCCGACGUCGUCAUGUCACUGCCCCCCGUUGGAAGCGGUGACCGCACUUUCCGAAUAGGCGACGCAGAGGAUCGCGUCCCUGAAUCUGAAUCCAAUCGUUCACGAGGAUUCGACAGUUCCGAUUGA